AUGUCUCCUUUACCAACUUCCGUCACGGCACUGUCCGCGCCGGGCAAGGUCCUCCUAACCGGUGGUUAUCUGGUGCUCGAUCGCAGCUACACGGGUACCGUAUUUGCGCUCGAUGCCCGCAUCCAUGUUAUCGUCCAACAACUGAGGAGGGGUCACCGCCGCGGGACGUCGGUGUCUGGACCGGUUGGCGAGGCAUCGUCUGGGUCCGGCGCUGAGGCCAAGAAUGCGGAGGAUACAAUUGUUGUGCGAUCCCCCCAAUUUGUCGAUGCGAUCUGGGAAUAUGGUGUGGAGCGCUGCGGGGAAGGUGGUGGUGUCAAGGUUAUCCAGAAAGGCGAUGGCCCGCGCAACCCGUUUGUCGAGACCUCCCUUAGCUAUGCAUUGACCUACAUCAGCUAUGUGGCCGACUCCAAGGACUUUGGCUCCUUGUCCGUUACCAUCAUGGCUGAUAGUGACUACUACUCCGAAACGGCUACUUCUAAGGGCCCGGCAACGUACGGACGGAGUGGGCGCUUUGUGAAUUUCGGAGUUCCUCUCUUUGAAGCCCAUAAGACGGGAUUGGGCUCUUCGGCUGCGCUGGUCACUGCCCUCGUGUCCGCUUUGGUCAUUCACCGCACCAUGCAGCCCGAGGAUCUGGGUGCUGGACGCGACAAACUCCACAAUCUCGCUCAGGCAGCCCACUGCGCAGCACAGGGCAAGGUCGGAUCUGGAUUCGACGUUGCGAGCGCAGUCUAUGGUUCCUGUCUCUACCGACGCUUCUCGCCUUCAAUUCUGGAGUCCCUUGGCGAUGUAGGCUCGGCUGGUUUCGAGGAGCGCUUGUUCCCCAUUGUGGAGGACUCCGACCCCAAGCACCCAUGGGACACCGAGUGCGUCGACUUCGGCAUGCAGCUGCCCCGUGGUAUGCAGCUGGUGCUGUGCGAUGUGGACUGUGGCUCCCAGACACCGUCGAUGGUCAAGAAGGUCCUUGAGUGGCGAAAGAACAACCGCCAGGAAGCGGAUACUCUUUGGGCUAACCUCCAGAACAACAACGAGCGACUGCGUCAGGAGCUCAAGCGCCAGGCUCAACAUCCUGGUGCUAAUCCCGAUCGUGACUUCUCUGAUAUUCGCGCUCUGAUUCUGCGGACGCGUCAGUUUAUUCGCACGCUGACCCGCUUGACGGGUGUCCCCAUCGAACCGAGUGUCCAGACCGAGCUCUUAGACAGUGUCUCAGAGAUCGAGGGUGUUAUUGGCGGAGUUGUCCCCGGGGCUGGAGGAUACGAUGCCAUCGCGCUCCUCAUUCGCGAUGAUGAGGCUGUAAUUGCGCGCCUGAGAGAGCACCUUGCGAAUUACACGAGCUCCGUGGAGGACGACUUUGGAGGCAAGAUCGGCAAUGUGCGACUGUUAGGUGUGCGGCACGGAUCUGAAGGCGCAAAGAACGAAAUGCUGGAGCAGUAUGCCGGCUGGGUUUAA